GCGAGCUGAAGUCAGCUGACCCGCGUCACGUGAUCUAAAAUGCCGAAUGCGGAACUAGAGACUGAUAAACAUCCACCCCUGUCACAAAAGACCUGUUCCACGCUUCACGUGCAUUUGACCCUUCUGCUUCUUCCCUUUUUUUUUUCUUUUUUACUUUUAAUGUAAUGAAUGAUGGUCUGUAACGUUGCUUAAUCAGAUUUGUCUUUCAAGCACUACUCAGCGGGUUUUCGCUUAAGUUUUAACGCGAGCACGUGAAUGAAUAUUAAUAGUUACACUCGUGUAAGAUUAUAAAUAUAAUGUCAAGAUGAAGAAGACUGUCUUGCUGUUUCUCGUAACGCUGUCUGUCUGCGCGAGCUCAGCGUUUGCUGACGCAGAAGUGACCAUCAAGGCUCCAGCGACAGUGAAUCUACAGGAACAAUCUGCAGAAAACCUCACCAUUACACUGAGUUCACCGCUGAACACAUCUGUAGCGGUUUAUUUCAAUAUCACAUAUAAAUCAAGAAAUGUCUCUUCAGUAGUUCUUCUGCCUGAUGAGGUUGUCGUGCCGGCAGGAAACAUAUCUGUAUCUUUCGAAGUGGAGGCUAAAGGGGUUGGUCAGGUGACUGCUUACCUUUCCAGCAAUAACACUCACAUAAAAAGCUUAGAGACGCGAAUCAGAUUCCUGAUCGUCAGAAGCAAUGUUCUUUUCAUCAUCAACCAAAUCAUUGGCUGGAUUUACUUCCUGGCCUGGUCUGUGUCAUUCUACCCACAGGCGUAUGAGAACUGGAAACGACGCAGUGUGGUAGGCCUCAGUUUUGAUUUCCUCGCCCUCAACCUGACUGGAUUCAUUGCUUACAGUGUGUUCAAUGUUGGCCUGUUCUGGGUGACGUAUAUACAGGAGGAGUUCUUAAAGAAAGAUCCGAAUGGGGUCAUUCCUGUCGAUGCCAAUGAUGUCUUCUUCAGUCUUCAUGCAGUACUUCUCACCCUCGUCUAUGUCUGCCAGUGUGCCAUCUAUGAGAGAGGAGGGCAAAAGGUUUCCAAAGUGGCCAUUGGGUUAUUAGUGAUUGGCUGGACCUUUGCGUUUGUUUCUCUAUUUGUUGCUGUGGCACAGAAGAUCUCCUGGCUGGAUUAUCUCUACUAUUUCUCUUACAUUAAACUGGGUGUCACACUUGUGAAGUACAUCCCUCAGGCUUAUAUGAACUACCGCAGGCAGAGCACAGAGGGAUGGAGCAUCGGGAAUGUGCUGCUGGACUUCACAGGGGGCAGCUUCAGUUUACUCCAAAUGUUCCUUGAGGCCUACAACAACGAUAAAUGGAAGUUUAUAUUUGGAGACCCCACAAAGUUUGGAUUGGGCGUACUGUCCAUAUUCUUUGACGUCGUGUUCAUCAUACAGCAUUAUUGUCUGUAUAGGAACAGAGAGCUAAUGUAUCGUGAUUUAAAUGAUCAGAAUGACGAACAAACCAGUGUUAAAACAUGACCGCAGCAAUAUAAAGAUUUCAUAUGGACUUUUCUAUCUUUUCUAUCUUCUAUCUAUCGAGUUACAAAUGUGACAUGUAUUUUGAACUCAAAUAAGCACUAGUUUCAUAUGAAUUAGUCUACAUAUUUGUAAUUAUUUUUCAGAUUUCAGUAAAUUGUUGCCGUCUCAGGUAAAUUACUGAAGCUGUACUGUAAUAAAAUGAAUGCAAUACUUCAAAAAA